AUGCGAUUAAAAGUUAUUUCAAAGAUGCUGAUGCUCCUCAGCUCAUUGAUUGUGGUUGGUGCUGAUGCUGCUCCAUCAGGAUGAGCAGCUGGAGGUGUCCUCCGUCUCCUCUGAUCCUCUGUCAGCCUCAGCACCAGAGCCGGACCGUGUUCAGUCCCGCAUCAGCAGCUGUGGUGAGCACACAGCUCCGUGUCUUAUUCCUGCGGCUGCAGCUCCAUGAGGCUACAACAACUCCAACCAAAAAAAAAAACAAAAACAAAAAACCAAACCUCCCUCAGAAACCCCGCAUGUGGUUUCCUCCUGCUGCCGCCUCUCAGCACCGCAAUGAAGGAAUUAAGUCUCACAGAAAUGAGGACUUUUCCCCGCAUCGACUGAACGUCUGAGGACAGUGGACUUGUCGAUUCUCACCUGCAGCAUCCUCAUCUACUUUUUUUUUAAUUUUUGGGAAAAAAAAUCACCUUUACUUAUUUUUUUUUUCUCUCAGACUGGACACCGCAGGCUGAAUAAAUGGAUAAUAACGCUGCAAAUUCGGAGAAAUCUCACCUGAUAGACGAGAAGAAUGCAAAGAUGUAUUCCUUAAAACUGCAAAGCUCCUUCCCAGACUCCAAAGAGCAGUACCCAGACUUCCCAUUUAAGAAUGGCGGUAUGUCCGGAGCCAUUGAGCUGAAACGACCUGUCGGCAGCCACUGUCAUGGUCCCAAAGCUUCCACGUGUGAGGAGAGUGUGGACAAGGCAUUGGCCAAGAAGAAACUCUACAUCGCUUCAGCAGUCUGCCUCGUCUUCAUGAUUGGGGAGGUCAUAGGAGGCUACCUGGCUCACAGCCUGGCCAUCAUGACGGACGCAGCCCACCUCCUGACAGACUUUGGCAGUAUGAUGGUGAGCCUGUUCUCGCUGUGGAUCUCCUCCAGACCACCCACCAAAACCAUGAACUUUGGUUGGCACAGAUCAGAAAUCCUUGGGGCCUUCAUCUCAGUCAUGUCCAUCUGGAUCGUCACAGGAGUUCUGGUCUAUUUAGCCAUCGAGAGGAUUGUUCGCAACGACUAUGAGAUAGACGGCCACGUAAUGUUGGUCACCUCUGGGUGUGCAGUCAUCGUCAAUAUUAUCAUGGCCUACAUCCUCCAUCAUUCGACCACCUUCCAUGCUCAUGGCAGCGGCUAUCACCAGAUCGAUGAGGACGGUCAGAGCCCCGUCUCUUACGGCCACAGCCACACUCUCCUCAGCGGCCAUGGCAACACCAGCGUCCGCGCUGCCUUCAUCCACGUGGUUGGAGACUUGCUCCAGAGUGUCGGCGUCAUGGUGGCAGCAAUCAUCAUCUACUUUCGGCCGGAAUACAAGGUUGCAGAUCCCAUCUGUACCUUCCUGUUUUCUGUCUUUGUCCUCUGCACCACCAUCACCAUCCUCAGAGACGUCUUCAGGAUACUCAUGGAAGGAUCUCCUAAAGGAAUCGAGUUUAACUCAGUGAAGGAGGUGCUGCUGACUGUGAAAGCUGUGAAGUCCAUGCACUCUCUGCACCUGUGGGCUCUGACUCUGGGUCAGACCCUGGUUUCUGUCCACCUGGCCAUAGAGGAGGGUUCUGACCCUCAGUCGGUGCUUCAGGAGGCCACCGACCUGCUCCACACCAAGUUUGGUUUCUACAGCACCACCAUCCAGGUGGAGCUCUACUCUGAAGACAUGAGCCACUGCUCCCACUGCCAGGACCCCAGUGACUGAUACCACACUGGACUGGAAUGGACUGGACUGGACCCAACAGGACAUGUAACGGCUCAGACACAUUGUCAUUCUCUCUGGGUGGGCUGGAUCCCAGUUCACAGUUCCUGCUGAAGGAGUAGGAGGAGUAUCAGUAGAUAGUUGUGAUCACCUUUAACUCGUACAAAAGUAGACAGUAAAAUCAUCCAUGUGCUGUAUAUGCCGAUGCUGGAGCUCCAUGCUAACAUGCAGUCCUUCUCAAACUCCCAUUUCAGAGGAAUUUUUUUUUUUUU